ACUCUGAUCCCAAUCUUGGCUGUUCUUCGUGUAAAUCUGUUCAAGAACGGAAAAAAUGUCUGGAAGUGGCAACGAGUCGAGCUCCGCUCUCGAUUUUAAGACGUAUUCAGUUGAGACGAUCGAUAUAGUUUUUGCGGUUUUAUACGCGUUUGUGGUAACAGUCGGUCUUAUUGGAAAUAGCCUGGUUAUAAUUGUAGUUCGGAAAAAUAGAUCAAUGCACACAACGACGAAUUUUCUACUUGUCAAUUUGGCCGUCAGCGAUGUAAUUACUUUGCUUUGGUGUCCGAGAACUUAUAGUUUCGCGUUUUACCCCAGUCAUCCGAUGGGAACGCUGGGAGACUACAUCUGCAAGAUUUUCACUGGGAAUGCGAUUAUCAGUGUAGCAAUUGCAAGCUCUAUACUCACACUGACUCUUCUUGCAACCGAGCGGUAUCACGCUCUGAUGAAACCAAUGCAAACUGAACUUCGAUUAACCCGCGAACGUGUUAAAUAUGCUAUCUGCUGUAUAUGGCUGGCCGCUAUUUUAAUUUGCCUGCCCGACUUCGCCGAAAACCACUACAGCGUGCAUUACGGGAGAUGCUUGUGUCCGUUCAGUUUGGAACUUGCUUCGGCAUUACGGGUACAUGUGGUAUGCACCAUAACAUUCCUUGGCUUUGUGCCUUUCACGAUCCUUGCGUAUUGUUAUUUUCAGAUUAUCCGUGGUUUGUUUUUCAAGAAUACUGUUUGUUCACGAGCGCCUUCGGUAAGGGAAGACCAACGAACCAAAAGGCGACUUGCAAAGCUCCUUAUUAGCGUAACAGCGGCUUUCUAUGUGCUGUAUUUGCCAUACGGCACGUUUAUUUUAUACAUCUCUCUGCAAGACCGCAGGAAACUAAUGUUCCAACAAGAAAUUCUGUCAGUGUUACUACGAGUGUUUGAAUUGCUUGUUGCUUCAAGCUCAUGUUUGAAUCCAAUUCUGUACGCGUUUCGAAGUUCAAACUAUCGAGAAGGCUUCAAGAAGCUAUUUUUUAGACACAACGCUGUUGAUACAGGCAGGAGUUUAUCGAUCGUUUAUCGGGAAAGUCGCGGACCGAAGCUUUCCACUGUAUAUCUUUAGCGGAGAGGUGACUCAAUAUUUGCCGUGGAAUUGUCCUGCAAUAGUUGUUUGUUUAAACCUAAGACAUGUUUGUGACGUCUUUUCAAACGCGUGUUCAAUUUAUUCCCGAGACUUUCACCGCCGAUGUGUAAAUCGGCGAAAGAGAUGAAAGUUAUUUUAUAAAUCAUUUCUACGAAAAAAGACGGGCAGAAAGUUGUUAAUUGGCUUACGAAUAAUCAGGAUGUAAGUUCUUUAUUAAAUGUGAAAAUUUAACAGUUGUAUACUCAAACGAACACCGAAAAGCGACGAUUAGCUAAGGCCGAAAAUGUUCUCCUUUUGCGGUGAUAAACAUCUCUCAUAAGGCAAUUGCACUUAGUGAUACGAGACAUUCUUUUGAAAUCUUGAAAUUUAAUAUUAAUAAUCUUGUGGAGUUCAAUAGUCUAGCUACUUUUUGGUGGGAUUUAAUCUUGAAGUCAAUGAUAAUCUUCACAUGACGUCGUUUGAAAUAGCGCUACGAAUUUGAAAAAUGAGCCAGGUAAAAAAACAAGGGGGAUAAAAGAACUCUUUUUUAAAAAAUAGCGUUUAGUUUUCUCUCUCUCUCUCUUUGCCUACUUCAAGGCAAUUUAAUACUGAGAUAGCCUUAACAAACUGCAAAAACCGUUUAGAAUUAACUGUCACAAUUCUAAUGAAAGGUCUCUUAAUUUCCUGAAAUUUCUUAUCAGAUGUCACACCAGAUCGAGAUGAACUGAA